AAGUCCAGUUACAAAGGGAAUGUUUGAAAUUUAGGAUGACCUCAAUAGAGACCAUUUCCAAUGAAUACUUGGCGUCAAUCAACGGCCUCGCGCAGAAAAUCGGAAACGACUUGUCGUCGGUUCGUGAAGCUUAUCAGGAUUUAUGGUACACGUUGAGCAGGGAGGAGCAAGAACAAGUACUCAAUGAAGCGGUCAUCGACCCGGGUGCCGUUCUCAAGUACAGCUCGGCCUCCAAUGAUGCGGCUAUCAGCAAUGAACCUCCAUCGAAAUUUUCAUGGUUCACGCGCAGUCAACUGAACCUGUUCACGGUUGACUCGCUCAGAGCAGCUGACAAACCUGCCAAAGCAACUCCCGCCAAAAAGCAGCCACAACAACAACAGGAAACAACAACAUCGCAAGUGCCGAUCGUCGUUCAACAGGAGCUGGCCAAAGAGUGCGCGCGCAUCAAGCAGAGUCAACAGGAAAACACCAAUCUGCUCAACAAGAUCAAAAGCAAAGUGCCCAUUGGUCUGCUGAAACCUGCAGCUGCCAAUGAGGAGAAGCAGAGUCUUGUCGACAGCAGCAAGCAGCAGUCGACUGCUCCGCCAUCUGCCGCCAAAAUUCUGAAACCAAAGACACCGCCUCCACCUCCACCGCCCACCGUCAAUGAGAAGAGAGGUCUGUUGGCGGCGGCUGCGGUCGAUGUGGAGUCCGAUCACAGUGACGAUAUUCCCAAGACCGGCUUCGAUUUUCUUGACAACUGGUAACCUGGUCAGCGGGUCAACUGUUGUGAGGAAGUGCAUAUCUGGAUGAUCCAAUGCUCAUUGGUCGACUUUUUACUCUCUUUUAGAAUAAUAAGACUCUAAGAAGGAUUUCAAUGUUCUUCAGUCCACUGAAAGAUGCCGAUUCAUGUGUAGCAUAUUAUAUCUAGUUAUUCUUUGAUACUGGCAUUGUAUUCAAUCAUUUGAAAAAUAUAUUUUUUCAGUAUAUUUUUGUUCACAAUUUAUAUGAGUUUGUUACAUUUGUAGCACAACAGUGUACCCAUACUAUACCCCUAUAUUGGCUAAAUGGUAGAAUAGACAUUGCUGUCCAAACUUUAGCACGAUAACAAAUGAAAAAAUCAUUCAUUCUAUUCCUUCUAUUAAUAUUCACUAGUAUGGAAUUGUGUUCAGUUUUUUAAUAGUAUUUUCCAAUAAACACUUAUUCUUACUUUUUGUAAUGACGAUUUGAAAGAGUUUGAUAAAUGAGUACAGUAGUACAUUAGUGUAAAUCGAUUGCCCAUAUUCUGCGAACAGGGAUUUUUCAUACUCUAUUUCUCACUUCAGAAUAUUUGUUGUACUAUCCACUUGAUGGAAAUUGGUGUACUUGUAUGUAAUAGUACUGUCUACCUCGAUCUACUCCUUUGUGACUGAUAACGUUUUUAAUGAGAUUGUCUAUUGAUUAGGCUAUUUCAAUCUCACAUUUAUGAUAUUCCAUUUUAUAAUUGCUGAGUUUGAAUCACAUAGUUGAGUUUAUGUGAAGUUCAGAGAAAUGUGAUUAAUCUUUGUUGAACCUGGGAAAGGUUAAUGAAAAGCAAGCAGCUUUGUCAAAAUGCAUUUGACAUUUUUGAUUUUGAUUCAUUAAUAUAUUAUGAAAAAGGAGGUUAGUAAAUAUAAGUUACUGUAGAUCAGGUUCGUUUAGUUCAAGAAUGAAGUCAAUUGUAAUUGAUAAAUAUUAUAUUAUUUUUUGCUGAACGUGAUGCCUACAUGAGCUCCAGGCUUCUACAUAGGUAAUGAGAUUGAUGAUGAUGAUGAUUGAACCUACAGCAUUAGGCCGGGUCUGAACCACCGGGAAGCGACUUAUAUAUUCAAAAAUUAUGUUUAGUAGAGUCUCAUAUUCUUAGUGCUUAUUGAAGUACCCAUGCACAAGCCUAGAUGUCAUAUAGGCAUCAUCCUCAGCAAAAAGUAAUGGAUUUGAUAAAAUUGUAACUAUUCAGCUAGUAAUCAUUCAGAAGAAAAUAGACUGUUUAUGCUUGAUUUAAAAGAUUAUUAAUAUACAGCUUUUUAUAGGAGUUGAAGUUUGAAUAAAUUUGGUACGAAAUGCAAGUCGCAAGGUUACUAUGGUGCCAUCUAAUUCUCAUUCAAAGUGAAAAAUAAUCGAAGAUCAAUUCAAACAAUAAUAAAGCGUCCAACUAAUAAAAAUGGAAGAUUAAAAAAAGAAUGGAUUGUCAAGGUUUACUAUAAUAUAAGUAUAUUAUAUUGUAUGAAAUACAAAUAAGCUAGUUUGAGUCUAAGUUGUUGUUGUGGGUAGGCCUAUGGGUAACAGAAAAUAAUUCUUUUAGUUAAGCGUUUACAGUAAGCUUAUACUAAUAAUUGUCACCAGAAUGGUUAUGUUGAAAGCUUUUGUAAAAAUAGUAUACAUUUUGUUAGUAGUUGUGAUGUGUGAUCUCAGUUACAUCAGAGAGUACCCGAUCAACAAGUCUAGUUACAUACACAUCGUUUUCUGGACGUGCGAUUUUUGCCGCUGUUAUAAAUGUUAUGGAUAACAUAACUUGGCAAAAAGAUGAUUUAUUCAUUGUUCAUGCAUUUGCCAAGUUUCGUUUAUUCUGGUAGAUUUCAUGAGGACGGCAAAAAAUCGAACGUCCAAAAAUCGAUAUGUGUGUAACUGGCUUGAGUGUACCACAUCUUUGGUUGAUCUUAUUACUGUUAGGUGGGUACCUAACUCAAAACUCAUU